AUGAAAGUGGAACUAAUUAAAAACUUCAAGCCCACUGUAAGUGCACCAUCUCCCCUCAAAGAAAAUGGCAUUAGGUUGUAUUUCUGGCCAACAUUGGACACGAGAGAAAUUCAAAAAAGGAAAAUGAAUUUCAACCCUCGCCAAUACCCUUUAGGAGUAGACUUUUCUCAAUUGACAAAGGCUGUACUAGAUGGUAAGAAAAUAGAGAACCAUCGAAUCAAUCCGCAUCAUUUUAGGUAUGUUCAUAUGGCUGCUGACAAGUGUAAGAGAAAAAAGUUACAUUUAGUGAUUCUUGUAAAAUCAAAAGCAUCAAAUUUUGAAAUGAGAAAAGCCAUUCGGAAGACGUGGGGAAAUAUAACAGAUAGUGAUAUAACAAUAGUGUUCAUGCUUGGUCACAUUGCUGGCUUUGAGGCUAAAAUCAGUAAUGAAUCGGAUUUCUAUGCAGAUAUUGUUCAAGAGGACUUUAUCGAUAGCUACAAGAACAACACCCUGAAAACAACCAUGGCAUUUAAUUGGGUAUCCCAAUUCUGUCCAAAUGCAGAUUUCAACCUUUAUGUUGAUGAUGACAUAUUCGUUAAUCUAGAAAACGUCAAAAAGUACUUAAAACGUAAAGAAAGAAGAUGGGGGUUAUUUGCUGGUCAGUUAUUGCGAUUCUCAACUCCUUACAGGGAUGAAGGUUCCAAAUGGUUUGUUUCGUGGAAGGAAUAUCCUUUUGACAAAUACCCUCCAUAUCUUGGAGGCUUCUUUAUUCUGAUGUCACAGGAUGUGACGUCGUAUUUCAGCACUGCUAUCCCAUACAUUAAAACAAUUCCCAUUGAUGAUGCCUAUCUCGGAAUUGUGGCUGCUAAACUGAAUAUUAUGCCUAAAAGUUGUCCAGGUUUGGUGAGAAAUAUGCCUGGAUCUGUAUCAUACGCUGCUGUUCCAAUGAAUUUUAAGACAGUAAUUGGAUAUCAUUUGAUAACUUCACCGGAAUCCUUAUUAGCAACCUGGAAUCUUUAUAAAUAUGUGACACAACCACAAUUUCAAGUGAUUGAAAAAAAUGGAAAACAAAAUAUUCAGAAAUUAAAAGGAAAAAAUAAAGAAGGUAUGAAAGUGCAACUAAUUAAAGACUUCAAGUCCACUGUAAGUACACCAUCUCCCCUCAAAGAAAAUGGCAUUAGGUUGUAUUUGUGGUCAACGUUGGACUCGAGAGAAGUUCAAAAAAGGAAAAUGAAUUUCAACCCUCGCCAAUACCCUUUAGGAGUAGACUUUUCUCAAUUAACAAAGGCUGUAUUAGAUGGUAAGAAAAUAGAGAACCAUCGAAUCAAUCCGCAUCCUUUUAGGUAUGUGCAUAUGGCUGCUGACAGGUGUAAGGGAAAGAAGUUACAGUUAGUGAUUCUUGUAAAAUCAAAAGCAUCAAAUUUUGAAAUGAGAAAUGCCAUUCGGAAGACGUGGGGAAAUAUAACGGAUAGUAAUAUAACAAUAGUGUUCAUGCUUGGUCAAAUUGCUGGCUUUGAGGCUAAAAUCAGUAAUGAAUCGAAUUUCUAUGCAGAUAUUGUUCAAGAGGACUUUAUAGAUAGCUACAAGAACAACACCCUGAAAACAACCAUGACAAUUCAUUGGGCAGCCCAGUUAUGUCCAAAUGCAGAUUUUAACCUUUAUGUUGAUGAUGACGUAUUCGUUAAUCUAGAAAACGUCAAAAAGUACUUAAAAGGUAAAGAAAGAAGAUGGGGGUUAUUUGCUGGUCAGCUACUGCGAUUCUCAACUCCUUACAGGGAUGAAGGUUCCAAAUGGUUUGUUUCGUGGAAGGAAUAUCCUUUCGACAAAUACCCUCCAUAUCUUGGAGGCUUCUUUAUUCUGAUGUCACAGGAUGUGACGUCGUAUUUCAGCAUUGCUAUUCCAUACGUUAAAACAAUUCCCAUCGAUGAUGCAUAUCUCGGUAUUGUUGCUGCUAAACUGAAUAUUAUACCUAAGAGUUGUCCUGGCUUAGUGAGAAAUAUGCCUAGAUCUGUGACAUACGCUGCUGUUCUAAUGAAUUUUAAAACAGUGAUUGGAUAUCAUUUGAUAACUUCACCGGAAUCCUUGUUGGCAACAUGGAAUCUUUAUAAACAUGUGAAACGAACACACUGAAUUUAUGAGUUUGUCAGACUUUGCAAUGAUAA